AUGAUAGGGGCGGACGAACUGUACUUAAUACACGUUCAGCGUGCUGCUGGCAUUGGUCUCCCUGCUACGCUGGUCGUCAAGAAAUUUCGGAACAUGAACCAAGCACUACAGGUGGAUGACAAUGUCAAGAACCGCUGCAAGUCAGAGGUGAUCCUGUUAGCCAGAGACUGUCACGAUAACAUCAUCGGGAUCAUAGAUGUCAUUGAGAGGGAUGAAGCGAUCAUGCUCGUCUACAAGUACCCGGUGAAUGGCAGCCUUGACUACUGGCUGCACCAACGGGAGGGGGCCGAUCGGCUGCUGAGCUGGCCGCAGAGGAGGGCCAUUGCCAUCGGCGUCGCCAAAGGGCUCUGUCACUUGCACCAUGGAGGCAACAGGCCGAUUGUCCACCACAACAUCAACUCUAAGAACAUCUUGCUUGAUCAAAAUUUCAAUGCUGUGAUAGCUAGUUUUGAUGCUGCACAGAUGAACAUGGCCGGGCACGACCAACCGUUGCCAAUCGCGAACCUGCCUCUUGGUAACUUUGGGUACGCAGCUCCAGAAUAUGCGACCGCAGCAAGCCAACUGACAGAGAAGGUAGACACUUAUAGCUUUGGUGUGCUGAUGCUGGAGCUCGUCACCGGGCGGGUGGCCAAUGAAGCUAGAGCCGAUGGUCAUUUGGCGAUCUGGGCGCACCACUUCACUGGACUGAUGGCAAAACAAGUGGAAACGUUCGAGAGUGCCAUGGAGAAGGGCAUCCCAGAUCAAGCGCGGUACAUGGAGGAGAUGGCAACUGUGUUUAGGCUGGGCGUGGAUUGCACCGUUGUGGAUCCGAAGAAAAGACCAUCGAUGCGGAUGGCGCUCAAACGACUCCGCCGCAGCUGUGGGCGUGGCCCAUUCCGUGGCCUUCUCACCUGCUAUCUAAUGUGA